AUGUCGUCGCCUGUGCUCAGGUCGGGAAGUUUGAGCGUCAAGCCCACAGCGAGCAACGGCGCUUUCCCCGCGAAGACGAAGGCGAAAGCGAAGUUGAAGCCCCCGCCGCGGGACAACGCGUGGCACCAGAUCCCGCCGCGCAAGGCGGGCGGCCCGCACCCGCUCGCGUCGUACAUCCCCGCGUACAGCGGUGCGAAGGUGCGCGGGGGCGGGAACGGGCUGGGCAAGGGCGGGAAGGGCGACGUCGGGGAGCUCAGAAGGAAGCGGGACGAGGCGCUCAGGGAGGCGUCGCGGUAUUGGCAGAGCGGGAGCGCGAAGACAAGGGGUGGGGAGGUGGCGCUUUAUUUUGCGGAGAGGGCAAGGGAGUAUAGGGAGCAGGAGAAGGCUGCUGCGCUGGAUGCUGCGAAGAGCAUGAUUGAUGAGAAGCGAAACCGCAGUAGUGAUAAGAAGACAGUCGACUUGCACGGAACGACGAUUUCAGAGGCUACCGUCAUCGUCAAGGAUAUCCUGCGCACGGAGGGGGCAUCACCGGCUAAGCCACUGCAUGUCAUUACCGGCCGGGGCAACCAUUCCGCGAACAGAGUGGGCGUGCUCGGCCCUGCGGUACGCGCUGCAUUGGAGGAGGACGGGUGGGUCGUGUCGAGCUUUGAUGGGGGCUUGGUCGUCCGCGGGCGUUCUGGGCGGACUAGUCUCUGAUACCAUGGCACUCGUAUGAGGCGGUCUGAGGUUCACUAAUAUCCUAGUAAUAUUCUAUUAUUGCGUCGUGUUGUAUGCUGCGGACGACAGUUUCUUUCUUUUGAUUUGUAGCAUUCCGUGACUCUUUCUGUAGCGACUAGAUUCUAUACUAUCCUCACAUUAAUCAUUGGC